UAAAGACUUAUUUGAAGAGUUUCUAGUUGCAGAUAAGCUCUUAAAGUGCAACAGCCCCAGCUGACCUGAAAUUAUUUUAGGAAUGUGGUGCUACAGAAAUGAAAUCCGUCUGUAAGUCUACAGGUAUAAACGUAAAACAGAAAUUUAUGGAAAUAAUGGAGCGCUGUUCAUCCUCACAGAUGACUAAUACUUCAUGCAGCGAAUGGGAUCUGGAGGAUGACUUAAGCAAGUCUACUGAUACUUGCCAAGAAGAGCAGCCUCUUAUUCUGGAAAACCCAAGAGAGCCGGAGGCCAACAGUAACCAGUAUGACAAGAAUCCCCUGCCAGAGGAUGAGAACUCGGGCAAUCUCAUCAAAACCUGGGGGAUGGCGCCUAAAGAGAUGAAUGCAGACUUAUUGGCAGUUGAGCUCGAGGAGAAUUUACAGAAGUCUAACUCUAGCAAUGGAGAAGAGUUUGGGACUAGGGUUAUUAAUUCGAAAGUUGCUGUGAGCAUGAUGUGUCUUGUCCUCCUAUUUACAGUAGGUGCUGGCAUGGUGAAUGGUCCACAUGCCGCUACUGAUGCGUUCAUUUGUGCACUGAGGGUGCUAAGUAGCAGUCAGUACAGUGGUUGGUACAGGCACAUUCGCAAUGGUAGGAGCAGCAGUCGGGGCCAAGCUAGGGAGCAUGUUUGGGAAAAAAAAAAUCUGGAUGUUGAGCAAGACACUUUACUGAAAAGACCACAUGAUAAGAAAAAUAAAUAAAAAUAUUCUUUCUGUUUGCACUACACUACCACUCACAGUUAUUUCUGUGACCUUUUGUAAGACACAAAUUAACAUGUUUACUUGAAUUUAGUACAUUAAUAUAUUAAUGUUCCCUUUCCUACAAUCAAAGUGAUGGUACAGAGAAAUGCAGAACCUGGUUUCUGUAAAAUAAUAAACUGUUGUUUUACUUAAAAAAAA